AUGUCCAACCCCGCAAACCCCAUGUCCGUCCCCGUCCCGGACCAGUCCGAAAUCCUCGCCCUCCUCCAUGCCCACAUCUCCUCAACCCUCACCAUCCCCUCCACCCCACCUCCCGCCAUGCCCACUGCCCCCACCCUCUCCGCCGCCAAAGCCUCCAUCACCACCCUCCCCGCCACCGGCCUCGGCGCCAAAAAAACUCUCACCCACCUCCUCACCGACGUCCUCCCGGGCCUCCCUGCGCAGUCCACCUCCCCGCACUACUACGGCUUCGUCACUGGCGGCACCACCCCCGCGGCCCUCGCCGCCGACAUCCUCGUAACCCUCGCAGACCAGAACGUGCAGGUCCACCUGCCCCACGAGAGCGUCUCCACCGACCUCGAGAGCGCUGCGCUCUCUAUGCUGCUGCAGCUGUUCCGCCUCGAUACGACGGAGUGGCGCGGCCGCACGCUCACGACCGGCGCAACGGCGAGUAACAUCCUUGGGCUGGCAUGCGCGCGCGAGCACCUCUUGCGGGAGAAGCUGAUACUCGCGGGGUACAGUCCCGUCGAGGCAUCGGUCGGUGAGAUGGGGGUGUUGGGGGCGUGCGUGGAGGCGGGCAUCAUGGGGAUCCAGAUCCUCUCUGCGGCGGCGCACUCGUCGGUUGCGAAGGCGGCGUCGACGGUCGGGAUUGGAAGGAGGAAUAUACAUGACCUGUCCCGCCCCGAUGCGCCGUGGGAGUUUGGUCUGGAGGAGCUGGAGCGGAGGCUGGAGGCGGGGAGCCAGAGGGGGGUGGUGAGUAUUGUAGUGGUGGGAUUCGGAGAGGUGAAUACGGGGAUGUUCAUAACGAACAUUCGGGAGGUCAGGGCGCUGGUGACAAAGUACGGGGCGUGGCUCCAUAUUGAUGCGGCCUUUGGUAUCUUUGCGCGGGUCCUCGCCGGCGCGGAGGGCGCCAUGGGAGACGUCGGGAGUUGGGCCGACGGGCUAGAACUCGCCGACAGCAUCACCGGCGACGGGCACAAACUCCUCAACGUACCCUACGACUGCGGCUUCUUCUUCACCCGCGACCCCGCCCUCCUCACCAGCACAUUCCUCAACGCCGCUCCAUACCUCUCCAGCCCACCCACCAGCACCCCCGCCGCAAUCCCCUCCCCACUUAACAUCGGUCUCGAGAACUCCCGCCGCUUCCGCGCCCUCCCCGUCUAUGCUACGCUCCACGCCUACGGCAGCACUGGCUACAAAAUUCUCGUCACACGCCUGGUCACCCACGCCCGUGGAAUCGCACGUUUCAUAUACCGCCAUCCUGCGUAUGAGCUGCUUCCUGCGGGUGCUGGGGGCGAGGAGGAGGCGGUGGGGAGGGUGUUUGUCGUGGUGCUGUUUCGGGCGAGGGAGGAGAGGGUUAAUAAGCGGUUGAAGGAGAGGAUUAAUAGCGAUGGGAGGAUGUAUGUUAGUGGCACUAUGUGGGAGGGGGGGGAGGCGGUGAGGUGUGCGGUGGGGAAUUGGAGGGUUUGUGCGGAGGGGUGGGGGCUUGUGGAGGAGGUGUUGGAAGUGGUUAUAAAGAAUGCGGAGGAGGAGGGGGAGGGGGAGGGGGAGGGGGAGGAGUAG